CAAAAUGGUGAAGGCCAAGAACUAAAGCUAAAAAGAAGCCGCUUUGGUAAUGGGCGGCAACUCUCACGGCAUUCAACCCUCGCCUUCAACUUUGCUCAUUCUCUUUCUCUAAUAUCUCUGUAACUUUUUAAUUUCAGACCCACUUUUGCUUUUUUCCAUUUCUUCUUUUCUCAUUGUAGUAGUAGUAGUCUCUUCGUCUCUUCUAUUCUCUCUCUGUUUUUGGCUACAAGUUUUCUUGAGAGAGAGACAGGUUGCUUUGCGUUGUUUGUUUGAAUCUCCGUUCUUUCGACGUUUGGGUUAUUUUUACCACUAUCCCAUUUGGGAUUUUUACACAUUGGAAGUUUGAGAAGUGGGUUUCGUGAGUAAUGGAAGCUCCAAAACCAGAGGAGAUUAGCCAUCCACCAAUGGAUCAACUUCAGGGCUUGGAGUACUGUAUUGAUUCAAACCCAUCUUGGGGGGAAGCCAUAGCUUUGGGGUUUCAGCACUACAUUCUGGCGUUGGGUACUGCUGUGAUGAUCCCUUCUUUCCUUGUUCCUUUGAUGGGAGGCGAUGAUGGUGAUAAAGUGAGAGUGGUACAGACUCUACUUUUUGUUGAAGGGAUCAAUACGCUUCUACAAACUCUGUUUGGAACAAGAUUGCCUACUGUUAUCGGAGGUUCUUAUGCCUUUAUGGUUCCGAUUAUUUCCAUCAUUCACGACUCAUCUUUAUCAAGAAUCGAGGACCCUCAUUUGAGAUUUCUGAACACAAUGAGAGCAGUUCAAGGGGCUCUAAUUGUAUCAUCAAGCAUACAGAUUAUUUUGGGAUACAGUCAGUUAUGGGCUAUUUGUUCCAGGUUCUUCAGUCCUCUUGGAAUGGUCCCUGUGAUUGCACUAGUAGGCUUUGGUCUGUUUGACAGAGGAUUCCCAGUGGUUGGAAGAUGUGUGGAAAUUGGCGUUCCCAUGCUUAUACUUUUCAUAGCCUUCUCACAGUAUCUCAAAGGUUUUCAUACAAGGCAACUGCCAAUACUCGAACGCUUCGCUCUUCUUAUAACAGUCACUGUGAUAUGGGCAUAUGCACACCUCUUAACAGCCAGUGGUGCAUACAAACAUAGACCAGAAUUAACUCAAAUCAAUUGUCGAACUGACAGGGCCAACCUCAUUUCAUCUGCUCCAUGGAUCAAGAUUCCAUACCCUCUUCAGUGGGGUGCUCCAACUUUCAAUGCUGGCCAUGCUUUUGGGAUGAUGGCUGCAGUUCUAGUAUCUUUGAUUGAGUCAACCGCAGCGUUCAAGGCAGCAUCACGUUUAGCGAGUGCAACCCCACCUCCAGCUCAUGUUCUGAGCCGCGGCAUUGGUUGGCAGGGAAUUGGGAUUCUUCUGAGUGGUCUAUUUGGGACACUUUCUGGAUCAACUGUGUCAAUAGAAAACGUAGGGCUGCUCGGAAGCACCCGUGUUGGUAGUCGCAGGGUUAUCCAGAUUUCAGCUGGAUUUAUGAUAUUCUUCUCAAUUCUAGGGAAAUUUGGUGCAUUGUUUGCUUCAAUACCCUUCACCAUAUUUGCAGCUGUAUAUUGUGUCUUGUUCGGUCUUGUUGCCUCUGUGGGGUUGUCAUUUUUGCAAUUUACCAACAUGAAUUCAAUGAGGAAUCUCUUCAUUACUGGUGUGGCAUUGUACUUGGGUUUGUCUGUGCCUGAUUAUUUUAGGGAGUACACUGCAAAGGCCUUUCAUGGUCCUGCUCACACAAACGCUGGAUGGUUCAAUGACUUCCUAAACACUAUCUUCUUCUCGCCACCAACAGUAGCCCUCAUCGUUGCGGUUUUCUUGGAUAACACACUAGACUACAAAGACAGUGCUAGAGACAGGGGAAUGCCAUGGUGGGUUAAGUUCAGGACGUUUAAGGGGGACAGCAGGAAUGAAGAGUUUUACACUCUUCCAUUUAACCUAAACCGCUUCUUCCCUCCAUCUUGAAUACAACGAUAAAACAGAGGGGACGAAGUUUGCAUGCACCAACACAGAGAGAUGGCAAACAAAUUGUGGAAAGUAUCAUUUCCUGGUUGAGGAGAUUCUUUGAAUGAUGGAGGGGAGGGUGAAGAUUACUAAAAGACGAGACUAGACUCCAUCUCAAUGGCCGCCAUCCCCUUAGCCUCCCAGUUUUGAAUGAUAAUCACUUUGCUCGGAAUAUUCGAGUUGGAAAAAAUAAAGCCUACUUAGUCUUGAAAAGUCUUGAAAGAAGAGAGACCUGUAUUGUCUAUUUUCUUUUUUUUAAAUCAAUGAUAUUUUUGUAUCUCAGAAAAUUCAAUCAA